CUGUGCGUCAGAACACCCGUAUCACCUGACGGGAACAUGGCAACAUGGCUUUUGCAACAUGGACAUGCAUUGUAACAUAAUGUACGCCUCUGUAUAUCACAAGGAGCAAAACGAGAAGUACAAAGGUGGACUCUGAUGGUGCGCAUGAAUUUUCUGUUAUCUGGAUGUAUCAACCAAACUUAUAGACAUGUCAGCUAUAAGGAGGAAACUGCUGUGGUUGGUUGUAUUGGGGUUUUGCACCACGUCCGUACUGUUCUCGGUGACUCACAGAAAUCGUUUUCCAAGUACAACCGAGGAAUCCUCUGCAUCUAGACGUUACACAAGAGGAUCCGGUAAUGAUGGGAACCGAUGGAUGGUGCUGUCCCUCGACUCCGUGUACCAUACCGACGUCACUUAUCUUGAUGACGUCACAGAUUGGAACAUUGUGGUAUCUGGCGCUCAGCCAUACCUGGAUGGAUGCCGGAAACCGCGGUGCACCUACCUUCACCCCAAGAACAUCAAAGAUCUGCCGUUCUACUCAAUUAGGCAUGCUGGAGAGAAAGGUUAUCCCCUGAAGAACAUAGCCUACCUCUAUGCCAUGUCACAAUCAGCGGAGGUUAUCUACGAUUUGGAAUAUGGUGUCAAACCCAUCCUUCCAAUGAACAACUUCAUCUACAGUCAUCACACGCAUGGCCUCAUCUACACCGGCAACACCACAUUCAAUCACUACAAGCAUUUUGGUCAACCGUGUUUGCAUCCCGUGGGAUUCCCAACAUCUGUAAACGCGACGCAGUCUAAAAUGUUUGACCUGUGCUAUGUCCCUACACCUCCAAUGCAACAUGGCAUCGUUAGUGGUGAAACGCAUCUUUAUCAUGACCAGAGACGAAAAGUAUUGCAAAUCAGCAAAGAAACGAGUCUGAAUCUUCAGUUUGAUACAAUGGCACCUCCUGCAUUUGUCCCCCCGGGUAGAUUCUCAGCAGUCACAGCCGGUAAUACACUUUUUACUCGUAAAGCAUUCUGGAUAAUGCUACUUCCGACUUCUGGAAACUCAAUGCUGAAUGGUGUGAUACGAGGUUAUAUUUCCCAGAGGUUGCUAUGGGAGACCAAUGACGCCGUUGGUCAUAUGGGGGUCACUGCCAAACGAAACUAUGACAAAUAUUUUAACUUCAGAGAUGCCGUCAUGGAGUCAAAUAUAGCUAAUGUGUUGGUAAAAGAGCUGGAGAAAUGGACAUGUGAUCCUUCAAAUUCCCUUCAAGAAUGUUUCGGGAUUCUUGUUAAACACAUCGUCAGUGAAGGUGUAAUAGAUGAAGGUAAUAUUGAGUCGAUGAAAUCAUGGAUGCGGGAUUUAGAAAAUAUAAAUAUCAUUCCCGACUCGCAAAGGAUAUAUUUCAAUAAAAUUCAAUAUGCCGAAGACCAGAUCUGCACUGGGAUGCACUUUGCCCCAAGUCAACACAAUCAUAAGAUAUAUAACCUGACGUCAAUGUCCGUGGUUGUACAGCUACCCUGGGAUAACAAGCCCAUCUGUCCUGAAGUGGAUGAAGUCAAAGAAGCCCUGAGAAGUGGAGCUCCUGCAAAGUACUUAUUCACAGAUGUGCUGCUUAUUGUGGAGAUAAACUACCCACAACUUUACAGUACCACUCGGAUCGUAGAGCCCAUUUAUAGGAGAUACUUCCCCAAUAUCCUCUUCUGUGGUCCGAGUAUGGAAUCGUUCCACCAGUACAACAAUGGUGAAUUGUCCCAUGUACAAGGCAUUACUGAAGGAUGGCAUUACAUGUAUGGCUGUAUUGCAUAUGCCAUGAAGAUGAACUACAGAGCCAAAGGCUAUCUUCAUAUUGGCGAUGACACUUUUCUACAACUUUGGAAUCUUCAUAAACUGCCGCGAGAUCAUGUGUGGUUUAAUAAUAAACUGAAUGUAUUCAACAGGAGCGUGUUGAACUCCCCCUGGCGGUGGUGGAAGGAGAUGGAAGGCAGGAAAAACUAUGAACAAGUGCUUCACGAACUGAAGGAUAUAUCUCAAAGGGGAACAGAAGGUGCCGAGUUGGCUAAUCGGUUUUACACUAUGUAUGUUCGGAACAGACAGUCUUUGGAUCUGAUGUUUGGAUCCACAUGUGACUUCUAUUAUGUACCAAACAGACUGAAGGACAUGUUUGUAUUUCUCAUCUCAUUGCUGAAGAAGCAUAAAGUUAUUAUUGAAGUAGGGGUUGCCACAGUUCUUCAAGGAAUGGAUAGACAAGAAAACAUCGAGUACAUUCCUGGGAAGUUAAUCUUCGGAGAAGACAGGGGUAGAGUCCAGGAACUGUUCUCAUCGGACGACUACUUCUUUCAUCCGAUGAAAUUUGGACGUUGGAUGAAAACCGAUGAAGGAAGGACAUUUUUCUGCGAGAGACUCCUGCCCCUGUUGGAAGGGGGUGUCCAGUUCCCUCCGAAAGAAAUGCACCAAUAGCAUGUAAAUGUUCAUUAAUCCAGAUAUAAGUAUAUCAAACAUAAAAUGUUAGGGAUCAUGAAUAUUUUUGGGGAGAUUGUUUUGCACUGAAGACUGUUUCUUUUAAUGUGUGCAGUAUAUAAAAAUAUUUCAUGAUUCCUGACUGUUUUUUGUUCAGUAUGCAUAAUCUAUUGUAACAGUGACAUAAGACUGCAUUUUAAACGUCAGGGUUUAAAUGUUUUAUUUUCACAAACACCAUGAUGACUCUGAUAUAUUUUCUCUUGGUGCAUGUAAAAAAGAAACGCGAACACCAUGCAUCAAUUGGUACAUAUUGGAAACAUCUCUUCUUAACGCAGAUACUUCUCUAUAUAUUCCUAUGGUUUGCGCUUCUUUUGAUGGUGAGUAUAUAUACUGACUUAGUAAUAAUUGUGACCCAUUACUGACAUUAGAGUUAUAAUAGUAUGUCAGUGGGGGAACAUUCUUGGAGUAGUGGGUAACAUGGUCGUGAUACGGUGGGUCUGAAGAAAGGUUUCAAUGUAGAGACGCCAUAGUGGAAUAAAGAAAUAUUGUGGUUCA